UGUAGGAGUAUGAUCAAGGUACGUAAAUCUAAUGGACCUAAGGCUAAGGUACUAGUAUCCCAUGUGCAUUGGACAUCCCAUUGAACCAGGACAAGUACUACUAAUGAGGAUACCGCCGAUACUGUGGUGUACCCUUGUGGUCCUAGAUAGCCUUGCUCCCUAAGCCCAACAACACUCCAUGACCUGCCGGAAAGUGCCGUUCUCUAGUCCUCGAGUCAGCGCCACGGAAGAAUUUUCCCCGCUGUCAUCACAACUCCGAGGACCACAGUGUCCCUCACAGUUGCCACGGCGGUUCGAAGGCUACGCGGUAGAUUUUCCAGAACUCAGAAGCAGACGUCCUGACACGCCUGACGGUCCUCAAGUUGAGCUUAGAGAUCAUGUGAUUGGGGACCUCGACCGUAAUGAUAUCAACGCAAUUCAGACAAGUCUCAGGUUCGCAAUUGAAAAGUUCAGGACGUACGUGAACUUGAUGGAAGCAUCUCCAGGUCGUUGGGCAGCUUUGGUACUGCUCCCUGGUUGCACAGCGAGGUGCAUACAACAGCUUUUCGUCAACAAACGAGGCAAAGCCGAGUUGAUUAUUGGAGCGCUUAAGAAGUUCUAAUCAGUGGUGUUUAGGUACAUGUUCGUCACGGACCCGUGGCUCUGGUGGG